UGUUUGGUGUUUAUUGGAUAACGAGAAAAUAGAGAGAGAGAGAGAGAGAGACUUGAGUCAUCGCCAUUGACUAAAGCUUCCCCAUUUCUUACUCUUUGAGCUUCCUGGCAAAAUUUCUAUGCUUCCAUUUUCAUAUCCCAUAUUCUCUCUUUCCACCAUUUUCGUACUCUCUUUCUUCCUGCCAUUGAACUUUGUAUCUUCUGAAUUCUUCACUCUUUGAAACCAAAAAACUGAAAUGUGAGAUCUGAUUGUUGUAAAAAGAAGCUUCUUUGGUUCUUCCACUGUGCUUUCUAGAAUGUUCUACUUUCUCAAUAUUUUCUAGUUCUAUUUUUCUGGGGUGUGUUUGUUUUUGGAGAUUCCAACAUUGCAGGCCUUGUUCUGCUGCAAUUCAUUGUGUAUAUCGUUUUGUUUUGUCUCAAAGUCUCAAACUUUGAUAUCAUAAUAAUCUUCUUUGAUCAACUAAACCACAACCUUAUUAUCCCUCUUGCUGUCUCUUACUCAUAAAAGUUUAAAUUUUUUUUUUUUAUUUUUUAUCCCAUCAUUGUUUUUUGCUUUGUUACUCCACUGCCUUAUCAAAUUACUUGGUCUUUGAGCUCUUUUCUGUGGGAACCUUUUCUGGGGUUUAGUAUCUCUUGCUGGUUGCUGAUGCUACCUUUAUAUAAUAGUUGUUAUUUUAUUCUAUUUUUGCUUGGUAUAUGUGUUAAUGGGUUAUGGGGUUUUGGGUUGUGUGGGAUUUUGGGUAAGUUGUUCCUCUUUGAACAGUCUUUGGUUCAUUGAUGCCACUGAAGGGUUAUGAUUUUCAGCCUCUUCAUUAGGAAUUCUUGUUACUGAGGCUAAUUUGUGAUUUGGGGUUAGGGAAAGUUGCCAUUUUUAAUGAUACUUGGAGUUGGAAUUGGUUUUAUCUUAAGAGGGUAUUUUCCCCUGCAUCUUGAAUCUUGAUUUCGGAUAAUCAAAUCCGAAAAAGGUUCUGUUUUUGUGAGAGGAUGAGGAGUGGUAGGAAAAGGAAGUUGCAUUUGAGCAAGCUAUACUCAUUCACAUGCUGUAGAGCAUCAUCUUUUGAAGAUGAAUUUUAUUCUCAGAUUGGGGGAAGGGGUUAUUCAAGGGUAGUGUUGUGCAAUGAGUUGAAUGAUUUAGAAUCCGAGGUUGUUAGGGACUAUGCAGAUAACUCUGUUAGGUCUACAAAGUACACCCCUGCUACAUUCCUCCCUAAAUCGCUCUUCGAGCAGUUUAGGAGAGUGGCUAACUUCUAUUUCUUGGUUACUGGCAUCUUGGCAUUCACCAGACUUACGCCUUAUAACGCUGCCAGCGCUAUCUUUCCGUUGAUUAUCGUCGUAGGGGCGACUAUGGUGAAGGAAGGCAUCGAAGACUGGCGCCGGAAGAAGCAGGAUAUUGAGGUGAACAAUAGAAGAGUGAAAGUGCAUAAAGGUGAUGGGAAUUUCGAAUAUACCGAGUGGAAGAAUCUUAGAGUGGGGAAUGUAGUGAAGGUAGAGAAGGAUGAGUUCUUCCCUGCAGACCUCCUAUUGCUUUCGUCGAGUUAUGAGGAUGCAGUAUGCUAUGUUGAGACAACGAAUUUGGAUGGCGAGACAAAUUUGAAGUUGAAACAAGGCUUAGAGAUAACUUCUUCCUUACAUGGCAAUCUCAGCUUCCAAAAGUUUAGAGCCACGGUCAAGUGUGAAGAUCCGAAUGCUAAUCUGUACUCUUUUAUUGGGAGCCUAGAAUUCGGAGACCAAAAGUAUCCCCUUUCGCCUCAGCAGCUUCUUCUUCGAGACUCCAAACUUCGCAAUACAGACUACAUUUUCGGAGCUGUAAUCUUCACUGGUCAUGAUACUAAGGUUAUCCAAAAUUCUACAGAUCCUCCUUCGAAAAGAAGCCGAAUUGAGAGGAAGAUGGAUAGAGUAAUCUACUUCUUGUUCUGUAUCUUGUUUCUAAUGGCAUUUGUUGGAUCUAUUUUCUUUUACAUCUUAACUAAAGAUGACUUGCAAAGUGGACCAAUGAAAAGAUGGUAUCUAAGACCUGAUGAUUCUACAGUUUUCUUUGAUCCGAAGAGACCGGAAGCUGCUGCUGCAUUUCACUGUUUGACAGCAUUGAUGUUAUAUGGCUUCUUUAUUCCGAUAUCCCUUUAUGUGUCGAUCGAGAUUGUCAAAGUUCUUCAGAGCAUUUUCAUCAAUCAAGAUAUCCAUAUGUACUAUGAGGAAGCAGACAAGCCGGCAAAUGCCCGAACAUCAAACUUAAAUGAAGAACUUGGCCAAGUUGAUACAAUACUUUCUGAUAAAACCGGAACUCUUACGUGCAACUCAAUGGAGUUUGUUAAAUGUUCUAUUGCUGGGGUUGCUUAUGGCCGUGGCAUUACAGAGGUUGAGAAGGCCAUGGGUAGAAGAAAAGGUUCACCUCUAAAUCAUGAACAAGUUAUAGGCUCAGAAGCCGACAGCAUCAAUGAAUCUUCGAAUGGAAAAGCCUCCAUAAAGGGCUUUAACUUCAUUGAUGAAAGGAUAAUGAAUGGAAAUUGGGUUAAUGAACCUCAUGCUGAUGUCAUCCAGAGAUUCUUUCGCCUGUUGGCUAUCUGUCAUACGGCUAUACCAGAAAUGGAUGAAGACACAGGAAAUGUCUCGUAUGAGGCUGAAUCGCCCGACGAAGCAGCAUUUGUGAUUGCAGCCAGAGAAAUUGGUUUCGAGUUCUGUAAAAGGACUCAGACUAAUUUAUCAACAUUUGAGUUGGAUCCUGAAUCUGGCAAAAAAGUUGAAAGGGUGUACAAGCUUCUCAAUGUUUUGGAAUUUAAUAGCUCGAGGAAGAGGAUGUCGGUCAUAGUGGAGGAUGAAGAAGGAAAAAUUUUUCUAUUAUGCAAAGGUGCUGAUAGUGUCAUGUUUGAAAGGCUAGCCAAGAAUGGGAGGGAGUUCCAAGAUAAGACCAUGGAGCAUGUUCAUGAUUAUGCCGAUGCAGGUCUAAGAACCUUGAUACUAGCCUAUCGCGAACUUGAUGUGGAAGAAUACAAGGAGUUUCAUAAUAAAUUCUCUAAGGCUAAGAAUUUAGUUUGUGCGGAUCAGGAAAGACAGAUUGAGAAAAUAUCUAACAAGAUUGAGAGGAAUCUAAUUCUUCUUGGAGCCACUGCUGUAGAGGACAAACUCCAAAAUGGGGUUCCUGAUUGCAUUGACAAGCUUGCCCAAGCAGGAAUCAAGAUUUGGGUUUUGACUGGGGAUAAAAUGGAGACUGCAAUCAAUAUAGGUUUUUCUUGUAGUUUGCUAAGACAAGGAAUGAAGCAGAUUAUAAUUCAUUUGGAGAGUCCAGAAAUUAAAGCACUGGAAAAGGGUGGAGACAAGCUUGCUAUAAUCAAGGCAUCUAGGCAAAGUGUCCUCCAACAGAUAUCUGAAGGUGCUGCACAGCUGACAGCAUACAGAGGAAGUUCUCAGCAGGCAUUUGCUUUGAUCAUCGAUGGAAACUCACUUGUCUAUGCUCUAGACGAUAACGUGAAGCACAUGUUUCUAGAGCUUGCAAUUCGCUGCGCAUCUGUUAUCUGCUGUCGCUCGUCACCAAAGCAGAAGGCACUGGUUACUAGAUUGGUCAAAUCCGGAACUCGGAAAACAACAUUAGCUAUUGGUGAUGGAGCUAAUGAUGUUGGAAUGCUUCAAGAAGCAGAUAUAGGAGUUGGAAUUAGUGGAGUUGAAGGAAUGCAGGCUGUUAUGUCUAGUGACAUUGCAAUUGCGCAAUUCCGAUAUUUGGAUCGAUUACUUCUCGUGCACGGACAUUGGUGUUACCGGAGGAUCUCAUCUAUGAUAUGCUAUUUUUUCUACAAGAACAUCACAUUUGGAUUCACUUUGUUCUUAUAUGAGGUGUAUGCAUCAUUCUCUGGAGAACCUGCAUACAAUGAUUGGCUUUUAUCUAUCUAUAAUGUCUUCUUUUCAUCGCUUCCCGUGAUUGCUCUCGGGGUGUUCGACCAGGAUGUAUCCGCUCGGUACUGCCUAAAGUUUCCAUUGUUAUAUCAAGAAGGAGUGCAAAACGUCCUCUUUAGCUGGCGGCGAAUACUCGCAUGGAUGCUUAACGGAUUCAUCAGCGCCAUAAUAGUUUUCUUCUUCUGCACGAAAGCCAUGGAACUUCAGGCCUUCGACGUGGAGGGAAGAACCGCCGGGAGGGAUAUACUCGGCGCAACCAUGUACACUUGUGUGGUUUGGGUGGUAAAUUUGCAGAUAGCUUUAGCUAUAAGUUACUUCACCAUGAUCCAACAUAUUUUCAUCUGGGGUUCCAUUGCAUUCUGGUACAUCUUCCUCCUGGCAUACGGCUCAAUGCCACCACAUUUUUCGACGAAUGCCUAUAAAGUCUUCGCCGAGACUCUGGCGCCGUCUCCGAUGUAUUGGCUUGUCACAUUCUUUGUGGUGAUCUCAACACUCAUACCAUACUUUUCCUACUCAGCAAUUCAGAUGAGGUUCUUUCCCAUGUUUCAUGAAAUUGUCCAAUGGAUAAGGUAUGAAGGGAAGACAAAGGAUCCCGAAUAUUGUAACAUGGUUCGCCAGAGAUCGCUCCGGCCAACAACCGUUGGAUCAACUGCUCGCCUAGCCGCCAUGGCUAAUGACACGCGAGACAGAACGAUUAACCGUAGAUAAUGCUAUCAAGUCCUGUAGUUUAUGUAUAGAUUUGUCAAAAGUAUAGUGAUUCUCUUUGUUUAUAGAAAACCAACAUUUUGUUAUCAUGUUGGGAAGAAGUGUAAAAAGUAAAAUAGGGUAAAUUUUAUGUACACUUAUGUUUUUUUGGGCUCAUAGAUAGAAGGAGUUACUUAGUGUAUAGAAGAAGCAAGAAUUCUUUGUAGGAUAGGGUAGAAGAAGGUGGUUUCUAAUCUUUUGUAGAAAAUGAAGUUCAAUGAACUGAACUUGAGUUGUUCCACAUUUUCUUUCAAUCAUCAUAUGAAUUAUUUUGAUUUUGGUGCUA